AGAUGAUGUGCCUGUUCACAUUGUAAAUGUGUAUUCUCCUUGUAACAUGACUAGCAAAAGGGCUCUGUGGCAAGAGUUAAAAUUGCUAGUGUUAGGCACUAAAGGCAAUUGGUGUUUAGUAGGCGAUUUCAAUGCAGUCAAGAGUAGACAAGAAAGAGGAGAGGGCAAAGGGUCCUUAACAGAAAUGAGAGAAUUUGAGGAUUUUAUCAGAGACUCGAAUCUUGUUGAUUUGGCUUUGCGUGGUAGAAGAUAUACUUGGUAUCAAGUAAAUGGGGCAUCCAUGAGCAGGAUUGAUCGAUUCUUACUAUCAGAGGAUUGGCUAUUGAAUUUGAGUGAUUGCAAAGAGUGGGGAUUAGGUCGCUCCAUAUCAGAUCAUUGUCCUAUCAUUCUAAAGAACAUCUCAGUGGAUUGGGGACCAAGGCCAUUCAAAUGGUUUGAUACAUGGCUGGACACACCAAGUUUGAGGGACGAAAUCAAAAAGGUAUGGAAUUCAACAAAGGUAUCUAGAUGGAAGAGAUACUAUUUGAAGGAAAAACUUAAAGCUGUCAAGAGAAUUAGGAAGAAGGAGAUAUGUUGUUUGCAUAUGGAUGGACAAUUGGUGGAUGAUGUACAGACGUUAAGACAGAAGUUUGUAGAGCACUACACAAGUUAUUUCAAGGAUGAGGAGUGGAGAAGACCAACAUUGGAUGGAAUAAAUUUUAACUGGCUUUCCCCAGAUUCUGCUACCAUGUUAGUUGACAAUUUUAUUGAAGAAGUAGUUAAGAAGACAGUUUGGGACUCCAGAGUUACAAAGGAAUUUCAUGAGAAUGGCAAGCUAGUCAGAGGAUUGAAUGAAUCUUUCAUUGUUCUCAUCCCUAAGAAGGAAAAGCCAUUAGAGUUGGAGGAUUUCAAACCCAUUUUCUUGAUUGGCGCUAUACAACUCAUGGAUGGUGUAGUGGUUGCAAAUGAGGUUAUAGAUGAAGUACACAGGAAAAGAAAGAGUAUCUUUAUAUUCAAGAUUGAUUUUGAAAAGGCUUAUGACAAAGUCAGUUGGAAAUUCCUAGAUUACAUGUUAGAACGUAUGGGAUUUGAUUCCAAGUGGCGAGAUAACAUGAUUUUAUUUGGAUAUGCUACAGAGGACAAUAUAUGGGUUGUGAAGUGUAUCAUAAGAAUUUUUGAGCUUGUUUCUGGACUUAAGAUCAACUAUGUGAAAAUCCAGUUGAUGGGAGUGCAUGUGGUUGAAGAAUGCCUAUCAAGAGCUGCUGCAAUUUUAAAUUGCAAGCUGAGAGUUAUGCCUUUCAAGUAUUUAGGGGUCCCUAUUGGGGACAACCCAAGAAGAUUGAAAAUCUAGCAACCGUUGGUGGAAAAUUUCAAGAAGAACUUGUCACAAUGGAAGGGGAGAUUCGUAUCUAUAGGAGGCCGAAUUACUCUGAUCAAUGCUGUGUUGUCAAGCCUACCAGUAUUUUUUAUGAGUAUGUUUCUCAUUCUGAAAUGGGUGAUUAAAAAAUUAGACUCCGU